AGUUGUUUGUUUGUAGAAUAUUCGGUGAAGGUUAACUAGCAGCAGUGGCCCUGCCGGUAGAAGGAACGUUGUUCUAACAGCAGUGUUCUGGAGAAGUCACCGGACAGAGCAGCUCCGAUGAGAGCAGCCAGAACAGGAAGCAGCACAACUGAACCAGUUUAAAGUCGCGACGGAACAAAAAGGAAGACAACGAGCCGCGCAGUGGAUCCUUUGAACGAACCCGAGGCUGGUUUCUCCCAACUGUGUUUCACUGAAGGCUUCUUUGUCGUUUCCCGACCGAGUUAAACGUCAUUGUGGAACAGAGAAGCCAGAUGUGUCCUCGGAUAUUUCGUGGAUUCCCUUUGAUGGUGUGAUGAUGGGACAGCGUGGUGUUGGAAGUGACUGCAGCCCUGGAGGCUGAUGAACUCGUGCCAUUGGCCAGUCAGGAUGCACAUAGCGUCAGUGGGUGUCAGCAAGUUCUGCUUCCUUUUCUCCCUUGCAUUCUGUGGUCUCAUCCUUCUACUUAUUCCGGCUCUCCAGCCACCAACGAGCCAGGUGACCCUGCCUCAGCCCCGACCCCAAGUUAGACCUGCCCAGGUGAGCUCGUCACACCGUGCUGGUGCAGGUUCUGUCUAUGUGGGGAACACAGACUUGGCCACUAGACCCAGUAGGAGCUCACCAUGGCAGGGGAGACCCAUCUUGACUGGACUUAAUAGAAACUAUAACCACAACCCCAAGAGGGGGUUGGACUCCAGAAGAGGCCUUGAAAGAAGUGCUCUUCCUGUGGGAAAAUUUGGUGGACUUCUAGGGUCGGACAAGUUGGAGCUGAAGGACAUUUUUUUUGCAGUGAAGACUACCAGGAAAUACCACAAGUCCAGAUUAGAGCUGCUGAUUCAAACCUGGGUGUCACAAGCUAAAGAACAGACGUACAUAUUCACUGAUGGUGAGGAUAAGGAGCUGCAGAUGAGGACAGGAACUAACAUCAUCAACACAAACUGCUCAGCAGCUCACACUCGACAAGCUCUGUGCUGCAAGAUGUCUGUGGAGUAUGAUAAAUUCAUCGAGUCUCAGAAGAAGUGGUUCUGCCAUGUGGAUGAUGACAACUAUGUGAUCCUGGCCAGCAUGCUGCGGUUGCUCUCCUCCUACCACCACAGCCAGGACGUCUACCUGGGCCGGCCCAGUCUGGAUCACCCUAUUGAGGCUGCAGAGAGGGUCAAGAGUGACGGAUCGGUGUCUGUCAAGUUCUGGUUCGCCACAGGUGGAGCAGGUUUCUGUAUCAGUCGAGGUCUGGCCCUGAAAAUGAGCCCAUGGGCCAGUUUGGGGAAUUUCAUCAGCACAGCAGAGAAGAUCCGACUCCCAGAUGACUGCACCGUCGGCUACAUCAUCGAAGCACUGCUGGAGGUCACUUUAACGCACACACACCUUUUCCACUCUCACCUGGAGAACCUGCAGAAGCUGCCCACUGACACUGUGCUGGAGCAGGUGACUCUCAGUUACGGAGGUUUUGAGAACAGAAGGAAUGUAGUCAGUAUUGUUGGAGGCUUUUCACUGGCUGAGGACCCCACAAGGUUUAAGACAAUCCACUGUCACCUGUAUCCAGAUACGAAGUGGUGUCCAAGGCUCAAACCUCAACGCAAAAACUGAAUGCCACUGUGAUUAUAUUCUGCAGCACUGAUGCCUGCCACAUCAUUUAUCCCACUGUCUCACUCUGCCAUGUUUAAGCUUGGCUGGAAAUCAUUCAAAAAUAUUUGAUUGCACAGAACUAGUGUUAGUAGUGUCUUCAGUACCUUUCAGAGACAGAACUCCUUAAUGGGUGGCAGUAAUCAAAGGUGAGGGUGCCAGUGUGUAAAGCCACUCCUGGUUGUUUCUUACUGUCAAUUAUCAUUUCAGAGACGACAUAGCUUUCUAGUCAUGUCCAUCUCAAGUAAAACAAAACUACAUUCCUGCAAUAUUGUUUAGACUGUAAUCGCAAUCAGCUGAAUGGGUAACAAGAGGUGACACACCUUCUGAAGUUGAGCUGGUGUUACUCCAAGGCAGCCAAGUGGGGUUUAGGAAGAGGUGUUAAUGUUCCUCCCCCUUAUAUCGUCAUCAGCAGCAUAAAGCUUGAUUUAACCUCCUGCGUUGAAUCUAUGCAGAGCCAGCGCUGUUGUGACCACUGAUACCUGGUUCCUGGUGUGUCUGUGUCAUGCAGUUACACCGCCAAAACACUAGUUAGCAGUUGGGUUUAUGUGCCACUGUAUUGAGUUUCUUGUGUACUUCAUCAUGUUGGAGUAGGACCUAAUUAAUACUGAACUGUUUUUGUUUUUGUUUUUUUUACCAAAAUUACUGCAAUGCAAAAGAGAGAGAGGAUGUUGGAACAGAUGAAGUCUAUACUCACAUUGGUAGAGCUAUGACAAUGGCAUAUGGCUACAUAUACUACAAUACAUCCUCUCGUGUUUGCAUUAUGAGAAAGACAGAUGAAUAACCUUAAACCUUGAUAUAUAAUAAUUCACCUGCAUGCAGUUACUAUGAACAGGGAAAUUGGUCACAGAGACCAAAACCACUUUGUGGACUAGUCUGUAAACAUGUUUAUUGCUCAUGUGAAGUUGACCAUUUUAACACGGGGGUCUGUGGGGACUGACUCUCUUUUGGAAGUCUCAAGUGGCCUUUCAAGAAACUGCAGUGUUUAUCACUUCAGCAUUGGCUUCAUUUUUCAGCUUCAGAGGUUGCUGCUUGGUCUACCGUACCUACAGGGUAAAUUUAAUGCUAAAGCAUAAAUGAAAUGUAAUAGUGCUAGCAUAACCAGAACACGGUCAGAAAGCAACUCUGUAUCCCAGUACCUAAAUGGAUUGAAGCUGCAGAAUAUAGUCUCCGUAGAGCUUAACUUCCAAAUUCCAGUAAACUGAAUAAGUGGUGCAACAACAGAAUCUGAGGCUCACUCUUAUCUCAAGGCUCCCUUGGCUCCGUUAACUCCUUGCCUUAUUAAGGAAAUAUGAAGUGGUUUGGGAUUUUUAUUGGCUCCAACGGCUGUGGUUUUACUGAACCCAUCUACCUGUUCAGCUAAACCAUGGGCUAGUCUGAGUCACUGACCAAAGCUAUAGAAGUACAAAUCAAUCAGGAAAAUUGAAACUAUCCUGUUGCUAUGAAUGACUCAAAGAAAUUGUUGAAUUUAGAUCUCCUCUUUUGGCAUUUAGAUUUGCCAGGAGGCUAUCUUAUGUUCGGAACGUGAUGUUCUUUGACUUAACCGAUGAGAUGAUGUCUGCCUGUAAACGAGUGAUGAAGUAAUUCAGGCCAACACUACAGUAUUUGAAGGACCUCACAGUAUUAUCAUUUCUUUCAGCUGUAUUCUCCGUUUAUGAGGGUGUGGAGGUUUUUGUGUUUAAUGAAGGCCUUAAAGUCACUUUGUUCCCAACAAACCACUGAAUCCAUUUUCAUCUUCCUUGUGAUUUAAAAUUCAACUUAAAAUUGAAUGAAAAGUUAGUUGCUGUACUUUAAUAGCAAUGUCAUGGUCAGUUUAAAACAUGAGCUGAGCUGAUGUUUAAUAGGCAGAAAUCAGACUUUUUGCAGGAAUGACAGGAAACCUCUGUGCUUGGCCUGUAUGCUGCGUGGGCUCACAUUUAUUUCAGUCUGUUGUAACUAAACACCUUCUCCUUGUAUUGGCCUAUCUCUUAACAGGCCCGUGUUUAUGGUUUUGCACUACUUUGAUUCUGUCACUUCCUGUAGGUUACUGACUGUAGCUGUAUGUUACAGUGUCGGUGUAAAUAUAAGUGAAUGCUUUUUUUAUAUAUAUAUAUAUAUUGUGUUUACUUUGUGUAUUUCUUCUUUGCAUAGGUUGUAGUUUUCGCUCUGCGUAUACUUCUUUCAGGCAGAGCUACUUUGGUGGCAGAGUCAGACUUUUGUGAGUGGGGCCAAAGAUAUCUCAACAUGACUGGCAUGAAAUCUGAUACAAAUAUUGAUCACCAGAGAACAAAUCAUAUAUGUGUAUAAGUUAGAAUGAAAACUACUUGUCCAAAUAAUUUCCAUUGAAAUUGGCAGUGGGUAUUUGUGCAUGAUUUUUGAGCUUGUGCCAGUGUUGCCAGUAACUCACAAUUCAUUUUGCAUCAACUUCAGAAAACAUGUUACAUUUGUAGCUCUGUUUAGAGCUAAUUAUUAAUGUUCUGUUGCUUGGUCCUUUCAGCACAUUUAUGCUGUUGGACCUCUCUGAGCCAACCAGCAGGUAGGCCUUUAGCCUUAUUUUAACUGACCACAUUAGUGAGGCUCUAGGAAUGUGAAUAGAUCCCAAAUAAUCACAUGGAUUAUGAUUUAAAUUGCUUAAGAACAAUUGGAUGCAUCGCCAGGAAAUUUGGUCCAGACAUUCAUGUUCUUGACAGGAUGAAUUCUAAAAUCUUUGGUGACCCUUUGAAUUUUCCUCUAGCACCAUCAUCAGGUCAGAAAUAGAAUUUGUCCAAUACUCUGUUCUAUGACCAGAUACCUGCAAAACCAAUGACUUUCACAGCAGCUCUAGCUGGAAUUGAUGUUUAGUUCUAAUCAAGCACCGCUACAUCAGUAUCGACCUCAAAGCAGAUAUUUACUUGCUGAAGAAUUGUUACUCGCCACAGUGAUGCUGUAGUUUUCUAAGUAUGCAAGUUGGUCUGCUGACCCUCUAAAUUAUGAGCUCAUGAUAAAAUGGGAAAUAAAGUCCUUGAAAACAACAUUUUCUUAAACCUUAAGAUCAUGGUUCUUUUCUCAAAGGGGAGAAUGAUAAACUGCUUGUUGGUCUCCACCCACUCAGCUCAUUCAGAUUAACACCAUUUUUUUUUUUUUUUGCUUGUAAAAGUAUGUGUGUAAAGCACCAGUCUGCCUUUAUGCACAGCAGACAAGAUUCAAAUCCCACCCCAUGUGUCCCACUGCAGGUCAGAGGGUAAAACUGAGUGAUAUGUGUUUUUGUGAACCCUGUCACUGAUGUAUUGUUCUAUUGUUUCAUUAAGAAUAAAACCUUUCUGCAUUCUCAAGUGUUUCAGAAUUCCUCCCAUACUGAGUCACACCACAUAACCACGGCUAUGCUUUGACAAUGUUGUUGUCAUUACAGACUGAAUGACAUUAUGCAUUACUGGGAUAAAAUGCCUGCUGUACACAUUCCUCUAGAAACUUUCUGUCUGUAAUCACUUAAAUGUUAGCUGAUGAGGAUAACCAUGAUUUAAUCUCAACUGCAAUAUCAUAAUUGUUCAUCUGUGUAUGAAGAAAUGACAACACAUAUGAAACUUGUGUGCAUCACAUUCCUUUAAGUUAAGAACUGCUCACUUUAGCUGAUUGUACUCACAAUGUGAAGUUUGUGCUUCAGAAAGCUUGACAGCAGACAUCAGUAUCUCACAGGUGUAAAUCUGCAUACUUGGAUUCAAAAGCACUUAUAGAGUCAUAAGAGCCGACAUUAAAUUUAUCAUUGGUAUUUGCUGAUUGGUGAAUUAUAUGCAUACAUUUCAAUAAGACGCAAGUCCGCCCACUUGAGUUUACGUGUUUCAUUGUACACACGUGCUGAUGCAACUGUGUUUGUUUGUGGCAUUUUACUAGGAUUAUGCAAUAAAAUGCUGAAAUGUCA